AUGACCGGCGGAGGUGCGGAACGCAAUGUUGCUGACACCUCGACUGACCGUGCUGCCUACCCCAAGUCCACAGAGUUCAACAGUGGCCGCAAGGCUACACCCACUUCGACGACUACCAAGGUUCAGAAGCCAGAUGCCCCACUUCAGUCCCAUGACGCCUAUGAGGUCAUCAAGGACUUGAACCGCAUGAAGCGCAAGGCAACUGGUGACACUGGUACUACAUCGAGACCCUCGUCUUCAUCUUCGGUUUUGCUGGCCGCCAACGCGGAGGACAGGACCAAGCCGUUCGACGUCUUCACCGCGACCGCGGACGUGCAGAAGCAGAUCGAGGAGAAGAGGUUGAAGGCCCGAGGCCAUACUUCAUCGGCUCCGGAAGCCAUUCGUGAAGCACAAGAACGUUUGGGACUUCCGGUUGACCUGGACAAGGUGAGAGUGGCCUUGGUGGUUUCGAGUGAACUUCAUCCUGGACUUCCUGGACCCGACGAACCUCGACCUCAUCACGUACCCACUCACCGUGGCCGCAUUGAGUAUGAGAAGGGCAUCGAGAGCAUCUACUCCCGCGACACCUCCACUCUCUCAGAUGAGCAGUACGAGGAGAGGAGACGUUGUGGUGGUUUGGUGCAUGGCGGAACCCGCAGGACCAGCCGCAAGACUUUGAGCCGGCAGACAACCAGUGCUGCCAGUCCUCGUGGCCCGGUCCGCUUCUUGGACUACGACUUCGCCAUGAAGAUUGUCUUCCCAGAGGACGACUUGAGCAUGCAGGAGUUCCUCGUUGGCGGAGAUCGAGUACCAAGAGACGUCUGGAGCAACACUCGCAUGAAGCCCACGGUCAAGGACAAGACCGCUUACUUGACCAUCGACACGGCAUGCGAGAACACUGUGGGUGGACUCACCCAAGUCAGGCAAGUCGCCAGCAUCAUCGAGUCGAAGCACAGCGUGAAGCCCCUGAUCACCGAGGAGAACGAGUCCUACCGUUUUGGACCUGGAGAGCCCAGAACUUCGAACCACAGGUGGCACAUGCCAGUUGGCAUUGGAGGCUGUGCAAUGGUGAUCAAGACUUCCGUGCUGGACGACACUUUGCCUGAGAGUGGCAAGAUUCCUUGGCUUGCUGGGCAAGACUGGCUGCGACUGGUCCGUGCAGUCGUAGACAUCGGAGAGCAGAAGAUCUACCUCAAGGCCCUUGAGACUGAGGCGGAGCUUUUUGUAGACCACACUGGACACCUUGUGGUCGCGGUAGAUGAUUUUCCAGUCACUGGAUGGCCGCAGGACCGUCAGGCAUCACAAGACGCCUAUGCUGGAGUCCUUUGGGCCACAGGAAAAGCCUACAUGCAGCCGAAUUUUGCAGCCACUCAUGUUUAUAGCCCCGAGGAUGAUCCUUUUUGUGAUGGAAGUUUGCAGGAGAGAACCCCUUGCAUCGUCGCCUCCGACAAAUGGGAAUACCUUUUGGAUCACCCUCAGGUCUAUAUUAGGCACCACCACCGUCCAAGGACAUCUCGUUUUCAUCCUGAAGAAGUUGUUGACGGUCCCCAACCUGAUGAACUCCAGUCCGUAGGGGUCACCAUCAAGCACGGUUACCAGAACGAGUUGAUCGAUGUUUGGGAUGCCCCUCAACGUCUUCUACAUGAGGAGCCCUGGACUGGAUAUACGGUUCUUUUUGGUAAAGAUUGUGACCCUGGUUUGGAUGUUGGGCCCCUUCUUCCUGCAUGGCAACCACAGGGUGUCGACGUCGUUUUCGAGAACGCUGAAACGAGACGUGUGCACCCAGCUUCAGUGAAAACUUCAGUUCAGAAGAGAAUUUUGAAAUCUUUUGACAAGUCAGUCAAGUCACCUGACCUUCCCAUCGAUCGCCAAGCUGUGAGAUUCAAUGUCCCGGCGGAAGAGUUCGGAUCAAGCUCACGAUCCCGUGCUCGCACCGCAGCCCCACAGAUGCAAAGGCAUUCGAAAGCCAAAGACGACUUUGUGUGGCUGCGAUGGAGCCGCCUGCUGCGCAAGGUGAUGAUCUACCUCAAGGCGAUCGUCUGCAGCCUGGCUUCAACUCGCAUGAUGAACCAGUUGAAACACCGAUCACCAGCUUUGGUGGCCUAUGGGGAAGCCCUGAUCUCCCACGACCAGAUGAUCGAGGAGUGGAAUCCGGAG